CCCCCCCAACCCCACACCCACUCAAUAUCUUCUUUAUUCUUUGAUUAAUUUAAUUCAACAAAGAAUUUGUAUUCACAUUUGCUCAUGCAUCCUGGAUUUCUGAUCAAUAAGGUUCGAUGAUGCUUACGAAAUUAGGGUUUCGAUUUGUUGCCUGUAUUUGACGAUUUAGGGUUUGUAUUAUCGAAGGAUGUAGUUUAAGGAAGUGGUUCGUGAAAUUAUCUGAACCGUUUGUUUGGGUGUAUAUUUAAGGGGUAUCGAUGUUUGUCGGUCGGGUGGGAUGUUAAUUCUUGUUAAUUGAUGAAUUUGGGGCUGGAUUGCUUCGUGGGUAGGGUUUUUAAUCUUGAUUGAUGCUCAGUUGGGUUUAAAUUCGAGUUUAAAUAUCUGAUUACGAUUGGUUUAUUCGUGGAAAGUUGAUUGAAGAAGAGUAUUAAAUCAUGGAUCACGUUGUUGGUGGGAAAUUUAAGCUGGGAAGGAAAAUUGGGAGUGGGUCUUUCGGGGAGCUUUAUUUAGGUGUUAAUAUACAAAGUGGAGAAGAAGUGGCCAUUAAACUGGAAUCUGGCAAGACCAAGCAUCCUCAACUUCACUAUGAGUCAAAAAUAUAUAUGCUUCUCCAAGGAGGGACUGGGAUUCCCAACCUCAAAUGGUUUGGAGUUGAAGGUGAAUACAAUGUCAUGGUUAUUGACCUUCUUGGACCGAGUUUGGAAGACCUGUUCAACUAUUGCAAUAGAAAGCUAUCAUUGAAAACGGUCCUAAUGCUAGCUGAUCAAUUAAUUAAUAGAGUUGAAUACAUGCAUUCGAGAGGAUUUCUUCACCGUGACAUAAAGCCAGACAACUUUUUAAUGGGCCUUGGUCGCAAAGCAAAUCAGGUAUACAUUAUUGACUUCGGUCUUGCUAAGAAGUAUAGAGAUCUUCAGACUCAUAAGCACAUACCAUACAGGGAAAACAAGAAUCUCACAGGCACAGCUCGCUAUGCCAGUGUUAACACACACCUAGGAGUUGAACAAAGCAGAAGGGAUGAUCUCGAAUCCCUUGGUUACGUGCUUAUGUAUUUUCUAAGAGGAAGUCUUCCCUGGCAGGGAUUGAAAGCUGGCACCAAAAAGCAGAAAUACGAUAAGAUCAGUGAAAAGAAAAUGCUCACACCAAUUGAGGUGCUUUGCAAAUCAUACCCAUCAGAGUUCAUAUCCUAUUUUCACUAUUGCCGAUCUUUACGAUUUGAAGACAAACCAGAUUAUUCAUAUUUGAAGAGGCUUUUCAGAGACUUAUUUAUUCGUGAAGGUUAUCAAUUUGACUAUGUGUUUGAUUGGACUAUAUUGAAGUAUCCUCAGAUUGGUGCCAGUUCUAGAGGACGAGUUCCCAGUGGGAGUGCAGGUUUAAAUGCAGGACCAUCUGCAGAAAGACCAGGAAGGACUUCAGUGGGCCAAGAUAUUCGAGAUAGAUUCUCAGGUGCUGUUGAAGCAUUUUCCAGAAGAAAUGCUUCAGCUACUGGUCGGCAUGGUGACCACUCCAGACACAGACAAUCAGAGGAUGCACCUUCAUCCAAGGAUAUGCAACCUGAUUCGGAAAAAAGCCGAAAUUCUCGAAAUGGCAGCUCUUCAAAAAGAGCAGUCAUUUCAAGCAGCCGACCAAGCUCCUCUGGUGAAUUCAUUGAUGGCCGCUCAAGCCGAAUAAUCUCAAGUAGUGGCCGGUUGUCUACUGCGCAAAGAUCUGUACCUGGUGUUGAGUCCAAACCAUCUGCUUUUUCUCAUACUGCUGUCACAAAGGGCACUCGUGAUGACCCUCUUCGCAGCUUUGAGUUCCUCUCAAUUAAGAAGUAAAGGGAUGGGUUUGUAUGGAAAGAAUCAUCAUGCACAGGUACCAUUCUAUUUAAGGGAACCUCAGCAUUAUCUUAUUCUUGUAAAUGGGAAAUCUGUGUCUUAUUUCUUACAACAAUAUUUUCUGUUGUGUUUUUGUUCGGAGUCUUGUUGAUUUUAAGGCAUUUCUGGACUCAUCCAAAAGUUGUUGAGUUCUAUGUACGGAAAUUUUCGUUCAAGUGAAUGAGACUCUGUAGCUGUAAUAAAUUAUUUUUAUUUAUGCAGCCACGGACAUCGUUUAAGUUUUGCACCAUAAUCUAGUAUCCUUGCUUUAGC